AUGACCAAAGACUGGAUUAAUAUCCACAGGCCAUUAUUCGGAGCUUUUUUGGAGACUCAUAUAGUAGAGAGUAAUAAAGAGAGAAUUUUAGGAGCUAUUCCAAGGGGUUGGAACUUCUUUGGUAAUUUUGAAGGAAAUGAUUAUGCCAGGGUGGUAGUUGUUUGGGAUCCGAAGGUUACAAUGCUCAUAUAUGAUGUGUCAGCUCAAUCUGUGACUUGCGGGGUUACAAUUUUAUCUGAGAAUAUUGCCUUGACGGUAACUUUUGUGUAUGGGUUCAAUUUGGAGGAGGACCGUAGGAGUUUAUGGGACAGUCUCGUUGUGAUGCAGGACACGACUCCUCUGUCAAGAUCCCCUUGGUCCGUGGUAGGAGAUUUUAAUCAGAUGCUGAGGACUUCUCAUCACUCUAACCAUCUACUAUCUCUUGUUGAUGACUCCGGUAUGGAUGAUGCAUGUAUUGCUCUGCAGGAUGCUCAGCUCUUUGAAGCUCAGGCUAAGGGAUUACCUUAUACGUGGAGGAAUGGCCAAGAUGACAAUCCGAUUUCUACAAAGAUUGAUCAUGCUUUUAUUAACCAACCUUGGUCUUCAGCUUUUCCAGAUUCUUUUGCAGAGUUUUUGGAUCCCUCUCAAUCAGACCAUGCUCCAUGCCUAUUCCGAAUGCCAUCUAUCAGGCGCCGGGUUAUUAAACCUUUUAAAUUCUUUCACCAUGUCAUAGAUCAUUCUGAGUUUGCUGAGACGGUAAAUGGAGCAUGGAAUUAUGAGCAGAUUACGGGAACCUCUCAGUUUAAAUUGGUUCGCUCCCUGAAACUUCUGAAAAGGCCUUUGCGUAGACUCAAUAAACAACACUUCAGUGGUAUUUCUCAGAGAGUUCAGGCUCAGAAGAAUAAGGUUGAUGAUCUCCAAAGACGGUUACAUACUUUACCUGAUUCUGAAACGGCCAGGGAGGAGCACAGUGAGAGGGCCAACCUGAAUGUGCUUCUAAAGGCUGAGGAAAAGUUCUACAGACAGAAAUCAAGGUUUCUCACCAUGCUACGAGAAAUCAUAUCCACUUUUUAA